GAACCAAAGACCUGGGACGUGGUUCAUGACCAAAGAUGGAGUCGCAUGUAGAUAAAUGAUAAAUGACCCGCACUUGUAUAGCGCCUCUCAGAGUAAGGACUCCAGAGCGCUUUACACUACAGUGUAUCAUUCAUCCAUUCACACACACAUUCACACACUGAUGGUGGUGAGCUACGAUGUAGCCACAGCUGCCCUGGGGCACACUGACAGGCGAGGCAGCCAAGCACUGGCCCCACCGGUCCCUCCGACCACCACCAGCAGGCAAGGUGGGUUAAGUGUCUUGCCCAAGGACACAACAGCAGAAUUCUCUGUCUGGAGCCGGGAUCGAACCUGCAACCUUCUGAUUACUGGACAACCAGCUCCACCUGUUGAGCUACUGCUAGAGCAUAGAGGCUGUUUUCCAUAGCAGGUGUGACUUUUGCAUCUUGUGGUGGAUCUGUUGGGUAAACUGGGAGCUCAACAGGAGCGGUGUCAGACCAGAUGUUUUUCUGGAUGUGUUGCUGAAAAGUCCAGUUGUUGUUUGUUUUGUUAAGGUUCUUGUAUGAAGGCUCAGUAAAGUCUGCACCCUGACCUACUGGGUAUUGGGCAAAUCAUGCAAUGUGAACAUAUAUUCAGCCAGCCGGUUUUUUUUUUCUGUUACUGACUGCACCUUUAAAUGUGGAUGCACCAGGUAGAGAAGUCAGCUAGUCUGAAUAUUACAAUGCUAAUAUCCACUUCUGUUUCUCAUGUGCAACAAAACCCCUAAGCUCACAGACCACAGGUGCACCUGUUCAGAACGCUAACUAGCCAAUGGCUGCUUCUAGAUAGGGUGAAGAUGUUACCAGACAAUCUGGUCCCACAGCCAUCUCUGGGGUUUACAGAGAAUGAUUCAAAUUGAUCAACAAUCCAGUGAGCAUCUGUUGUAUGGAUGGCAUUUAUUUUUUAUGCCAAGAGAAGUCUGGGAAGUCUGAUUUGAGAUAUGAUAUAAAAGUCAGAAAUAACCACAAGAGACAGGAAAACCAUUAGCUGAUCUGAUGAUCUCAAUUUCAGCUGCAACAUGCAGUCAGAAUCGGACGCAUGGCAUCUGCAUCUUGCCCAGGGACACUCAUGUUUAUGUUGAUGUAUUAAGGGGACACUUUUGUCCAAAGCGACUUACAAGUGCUAAUGAAGCCACCAGGUAGUCCCUGAGGCUAACAACAAACACUAAUCAGUCCUAGGUGGUAAUGAGGCAGCUAAAUGAGCGGCAACAUACUGUGUAAACGCACCUUGUAGCACUGUCUCUUAUUUUGAAAACCGGAAGUUGGGGCUCCCGUGUUGCGUCAGAGGCGCGUAUCGGAAGACGGAGUUGUGAUUGACUGAUUUUACCGACGUCACACUACCAGGAAACAGUAGCAGAAAGAUAAGGGAAGUUGGGACAAUGGCCCUCGGAGACUGUUGGAAGCAGUUGUCCUGGUUUUAUUACCAGUAUCUUCUGGUGACUGCGCUCUACAUGCUGGAGCCCUGGGAGAGGACCGUGUUUAAUUCUCUGUUAAUCUCUGUGGCCGGCAUGGCCAUCUACACUGGCUACGUGUUCAUGCCGCAGCACAUCAUGGCCAUCCUGCACUACUUCGAGGUUGUCCAGUGAGAAGGUGAUCCUGGCCGUCCACUAACUCGUCGCCGGGGUUCGUCCUUGUCCAUCGGUCCACCAACUGUCCGGGCCUCGGCAGAACUUUUCUCCUUUUUCACCCAAACUAAUUCAUCAACAAAGGUUAAAGCUGUGAACACCACUGGAGCCCACGUAGGACCAUUCAGCUUUCUGUUGAGUCUGAAAUUUCCAGUAGUGUUUAGUGUGGUGGAAAAGCACCGAGCCCCUGUUGAAGUUCGGCUUUUUCCCUCACCAAAGUGCAUUUUACCUUUUUGAAAAUCACUGUUAAGUGUCCUGAACUAUUUUUUCCCCCUUAUUUGUUUGUUUUCUCUUCAUUUAGGCCUCAAAUAUCUUUAGAUUACUUCUGUGACACAAGACUGAAGGGCAUAAUCUGGGAUUGGGCUCAACUGGUCUCAUCCUGUUGAUGUCUCCUGUGUUGUGAACGGGUUAGGGUUCUGUAACAAUAAUAUGCCGCAGUCAUUUAGAUUUUCAUCAUUAGUGUUGGGGGUUCAGGCCAGUGAUGAAAGAUGAGCAGAGCCAGGAAGUGAAUCCAGAUUGGGUGUGUUGUUUUGUUUUAUAUUUAUUUACUGGAAACGGAUGAAUGUUCAACCCUUCUGCUUCAGAUGCUUCCAUGUUCUGAACACGCAGAAAGAUGAUGACUAUCUUAUCAUAAAGGAACUGGUUUUCUAAAUGUUUGUUUCUGUCAAUGUUUUCGAACGCGCCAGUUCACAAAAAUACUACAACGGACUACGUUUCAGGGCUGGAGCUUUCUUCAGUUAAUGAGAAAAAAUACAGGAAGAUGAGGAAAAAGUAAAUUCAUCCAGAUAAAUGGAAAUGAGCUCAUUUUAGUAGCCGGUAAAUCCAGCCUUUUGACGACACAGCCGACCAACCAGACUAAAGCUGCCUCUGGAUCGGUCCUAUUUGAGGUGGAGCUGAAGUCCUCACUGACAAAUCUGCUCUAGUAGCUGCUGCAACGUUCCUGGGCUGCUGCUGGCGCCGGUUUCAUUCACUUCUCAGCUGGAAAAGGAUGUUAAUGGUUGUAAUUAAUCAGGUGAGAGGAGCAACGUGAAGUACAAAUACUUUUUUAUCAUGUUUAAUACAAGGGAGCAUUAGGGCCACUGAAAAAAGAAAUUAUGUCUCUGAAAUCUGAGUUAUUUUGUUUGUUUUUUUUCCCCGUGUCCCUAAUCCGCUUCCAUAACUUAAAUAUUGACCCCCUUUUAGAAGGAAAAGCUACUCCAAACCAAACCUCGGUCCAGAGGUUUGGAGGUUUCAGUCCAGUAGAUUGAAGUUAUUCCCAAAAUCUCUGUGUUGGUUUCUUACUGCCGCUUACGGUUUUAAAAACCGAGUUAAAGCAGUAGAAUUCUGAGAAGUACACGCCGGUAUUCUUAAGAUAAGAAUAAGCAUCUACAACUCCAGAUGACAGGCGGGAGGGGCGCUGCUUUUCAUAAAUUUGAGAAAAAAAUGUCUGUAUUUAGUAACUUUAAACUGUAAAGCAAACUACUGCAGAUUCCUCACCAAACUGUGACUUCCUCCCUGCCAAACUGUAUUUUUCCUUCAUGAUGUAUACUUGUAUACAUGUUUGUAAAGUUUUAUAUGUUGGCAUAAAAACUUUUUUGUGAGCUAACUGCGAAACGUUUCAAUAUAUCAGGAAUGCAUUAAAAUAUUUGGCUACGUUUGUUUUA